AUGCCUGCGGCUCCGGGACAGUCCUGGGUCUCCCAUCCCCACUCACCUCCCUCGCGCUGGGUCCCGCCUGCUCUGGGCUUCGGGGUGCAGGGGGGUCACCCGGAUGUGCCUGAUCACAGGCCGGACCCCGUGCCCACCGUCAUAUGCGACUUGGGAAAAAGAACCAGGCCCGCCCAGCGCCAUCUGUCUCCGAGCGUGACUUGUCGGGGAUCCAGCGAGCCACCCGUCCCGAGCCGUUCUGCCCUUCUGGGGCCCCUCCUGAGUGCCAGGCCUGCCCUUGUGGGGGCUCUGCACCCCGAGGCCUCUGCUGAGACCUGGGGACCUGGGCUCACCCCGACAUCUCACUCCAGAAUCACCUUUACCUCCAUGACUGACGGGGACCUGCGGCUGAGGGGUGCUGGGGUCCCCUCUGAGCCUCGGUCUCUCCUCUUUGGGGAAAGGGAGCAGCAGCCCCCUCAGGAAGUGGCGCGAGGGUCUGAGGCUGUGAGGGACCCGGCUGGCACGGAGGGGAGGGAGGGGCCGCUGUGUCCGUCUGGGAGCUUUCCCCCGGCUACGGCCACCCUGGGCUCCCCCGGGCCCACCCCCGCCACCACCCGCCCAGAGAGAACCUUCUACCUCAGGACAGAGCCAGAGGGUCCAGAACCACGGGCAGGAGGGCAGACACCCCCAGGUUAUGAGGCUGCGGGGCCCAUGGCGGGGGGCUUGGACCUCGGGGAGCUUGGAUGCUGGGGGGCAUUGUCGAGGGCCCGGACAGCUCGGACCCCUGCCCCAGGCCUUGGCGCUCCCACAGGCAGGGGUGCAGUGGGGGGCCUGGUGGGGGGCGUGAGUGCCGCAGCUCACCCCGAGGCUUGGCUGAGGAGUGUCUGCACAACGCUGGUGAAGGCGGCGCUGGCCGUGGAGCCACGCUGCCCGUGGGCGGCUGUGGCCUGGAGCCAUGGCCCCCCGCCACCCCCCGGCCCUGGUCACCAACGCCAAGUCGAGGGGCAGACGUACAGGGGUCCGUUUGGGGGUGUGCAGGGCGAGCCUGCUGUGUGUGUCCUGCCUCCUCCUGCCCUCCUGCGGGGCCCCGGCCUGGCGUGGCGUGGGCAGGGAUGGAGAAGCCGCCUGGCUUGGCCCCUGCUGGCCUCGCCGCUGGGUGACAGACUGCUGAGCUCCCCUGUGGCCUGUGGCUUCAGGCUGGCCGGGGACCCGGUGCCCCUACAAGCUCCUGUAGGGUGGGACCGACGUGUGCCCACUUAUGCCCACCUCCUGCCUUGGGAGAUGUCCGGUGAGCGCCGGCGAUGGAGAAGUCCUGCCUCCACCGCCCGGGCUCGUCCGCCUCAGCCUUGGGAGCCACCCCGGGUUCCCGGGCCCGAGCUCGGGCUGCAGGGGCUGCGGGGGGCCGUGUUGGGUCCGGCUGUGGCUGGGAGCGAUGGUGACAGGGACGGCGAGACACUCAGACUCGCCUCUCCUCAGCGGGGCUGCACCCAUCUGGGGACCCCCCAUAUCGCAGCCCAGGACCCUCAAGGUUGGCGCCGUCUCCGCAGCAGAAAGGUUUACACAGAACGGCGUCUCGGGCACGGGCGACGGGGGCCAGGGGGCGGCCGUGCGUUCCCCAAGGGCUCACUGGUCCCUUCGUUCGCUGGGUCACCCGACGACCCCAAGGACCCCAAGGACCGAGAGCUGGGGUGGGGGCCGGGCUGCCUCCGAGGCCCCCCAGGCGGAGGACGGAGGGGCUGCAGCUCGGGGGCUGCCCAGGACAGGGUUGGGGCUCGGACCCCAGCAGCCACCCUGUGA